AUGGCCGGAAUCAUGGGCAAGAUCGGAGACGCACUCCACAUCGGAGGCGAUAAGAAGGACGAGAACAAGAAGCACGAAGGUGAAUAUUCGUCUGACCACAAGAAACAGGAGGGAGACUAUAAGUCUGACCACAAGCCGGAGAAAAAGGAAGGGAUCGUUGAUAAGAUCAAGGACAAGAUCACCGGAGAUGGCGGGAGCAAGCAGCAGCAGCAGCGACAGCGAUUAGAUCACUAUGAUCGCUCAUCCUCUUCGAUCUCGAAUCGAGGAGGAUGGAGUCAUGUAGAAAGUGCUUUUUCUAGUCUGCUUUUUCGUUGAAAUAAAAUGUAAUAAAAAUACUAGAAUUAGAAAAAAAAAAAAAUCAGUCCUUGGAUUGUUGCUUGAUCCAUGAUCUAUGGGUGUAAUUGCUACUAAAAGAUGGAAUGAAGUUUUAACAGUUUGCGUUUACUUUAUACAUCUUUAAUUGCCUUUGGAGUUUUGACUUGAUACGAAGAUAUUU